CCAAAGCUUGAUAGCAGACUGAAGAUGAUCCUCACGCAGUGCGCCGUCUGCGCCACCGACCUUGGGCUAACCUUGGGCAAGAAAUGCGGCCGCUGCAACACACGCUACUGUGGGCCCGAAUGCCAGGUGCAGCACUGGAAAGAGGGUGGCCACGACACGCUCUGCAGACAAAUAAAAAAAGCCGGCGGCGCAGAGCAAUACAACGCAAACACGAAGUACACGGAGGCCGUCGCGGUCGCGGCCGAGAAAUGCGCGGACGACACGAAGGGCCAGACGUGCUACAUCUGCACGCAGGCCCUCCACUGGAAGACAAAGGAGGGCCUCGUGCGUAUGUGUGCGUGCCGCGGGACGGCGGGCUUCGCGCAUGUGUCGUGUCUGGCGGAGCAGGCGAAGAUUUUGUGUGACGAGGCCGAGGAGAACAAUAAACCAAAAAAUCCAGCGUGGGUGCGGUGGCACACGUGUAGCCUGUGUGAGCAAAAGUACCACGGCGUCGUGCGGUGCGCGCUCGGGUGGGCGUGCUGGAAGACGAAUGUGGGGCGGCCAGAGGCGCACUGGGCUCGGCUACUGGCGAUGUCGCGGCUUGGGAACGGCUUAUCCGCUGCAAAGCACCACGAGGACGCGUUGUUCGUGCAAGAGGCCGAGUUGUCUAUGUGGCGGCGCCUUGGCGAGUCAGAAGAACAAAUGCUCGACGUGCAGACCAAUCUUGCGAGGACGUAUCAUCACUGUGGACGGACAGAAGAGGCCAACCGCAUGCUGCGAGACGUGUACUCCGGAUGUUUGAAGCUCAACGGCGAACAAAGUAGAGAUACCCUUGCAGCAGCCCUCAACUACUCGGCGUCCCUUGAUGCUCUAAAGCGCUACAGAGAAGCCAAGUCGGUGCUGCGCAAAAUGAUGCCCGUGGCGCGACGGGUUCUUGGCGAGAAUAAUGACGCCACGCUCAGGCUGAGGUGGACUUACGCGCGGGCGCUCUCCAAGGACGACGGCGCCACGCUCGACGACCUCCGCGAGGCCGUGACAACGCUCGAGGACACGGCACGGACCGCGCAGCGCGUUUUCGGCCGCGCGCAUCCGAUGGUAGUGCAACUUGAGCGAUCUCUGAGAGAGUCGCGGGCAGCGCUCAGGGCCCGCGAGAUGCAGACGACGACGCUGAUGUCGGAGACUGCACCGCUGCCGCCCAGCUGGAUCGCCGGCAACGCGUUGGUCACUGGCGAGACCGAGGAGCAGCUCAUGGCGCGCCUGCGGAGGGAGGCGAAGGAGAUCAACGCGGCCGUCGCGCGCGAGGCCGCGGAGGCGAAGGCGCGGUUGCGGAACGAGCUCCCCGGUUACGACGAGCCAGGUUAGUGCAGUAAGAACACGCGAAGC